CCGCCCCCUGUCGCUUCUUCCCACCCACCAUGGACGAUCUGCUGCACACACAGCACAGGAAGACGCAGCCCCUGAGGAAGUCGAUCGGGAAACAUCCUCUCCCAACCGACUCACCCACCUACGACGCAUCCGAAGAGGACAAUGACCCGCUCACAGACGACGGCGGAUCGGCCAAGUCUGCACCCGUCUCGGCACGCUCCAACCGUCCCACUCCCCUCCAUAGCAAGUCUGGCGCCGCAAGAGCUGGCGGCCGGCACCAGCUCGCGUCCAGCAUGCUCUCCGACGACGGCAUCGAUUCACAGACAUACGACGGCGAUGUCGAAUCAUCCAUCACCGCAAGGGCAGGCCAUCACGGGCAUCCUGGCCUCCGCCAUUCGUCGUCGACGUCGACGCUGACAUCACAGAUCGACGACAGCAGGGUGCACUCAGCUGUACCCCAGCUAUCGAUACAAGAGCCAGCCCCCUUCAAUACUGCCUCACUCACACCUCACGACAUCCAAUCGUUCGUCAGGAGAGCCAUCGAGGGCGAGCCCGGACGACUCUAUCGCAUCAACCCACCACCAACAGACAGACCAGUUCGCAUCUACGCAGACGGCGUUUAUGAUCUAUUUCACUUCGGCCACGCCUUACAGCUCAGACAAGCAAAGCUCUCAUUUCCAAACGUGUACCUGCUCGUCGGCGUUAGCAGCGACGAAGAUGUCCGACACCACAAAUGUCGCAGCGUCAUGAGCUACACCGAACGAUGCGAGGCUGUUCGUCACUGCCGAUGGGUAGACGAAGUUGUCGCUGACGCACCGUGGAUACUUGAUCCCGCAUUUCUCGAGAAGUGGAAAAUCGAUUAUGUCGCACACGACGAGCAGCCCUACGGCGCAGAAGGCCACGACGACGUGUAUGCAUUCGUAAAGCAGCAAGGAAAAUUCCUCCCUACCCGCCGCACACCUGGCGUCUCGACGUCCGAUCUGCUAGCACGCAUCGUGUCUGGAUAUCGGAACCGAGAUUUUGACGAGAAACUCGAAAAGAUGGGCCAUUCGGAACUGAAAGCCGAGGGAUGCGACUUUGAAUGCAACAGUCAGUCCGAGUAACUGAAACGAUCUAUCUGCGAAGAGCAUAAGCUAGAUACAUAGUACACAAUAGACUUGGUAACGCUUCGCUGUCGCU